AUGCUACAGGUCCAUGAGGACAGGCCCCACAGUGAGGUGGGGCUGAAAGACUCGACCCCCAUUGAGCUGGAGCAUCAUGGCUGCAGAAGAUGUUUGCCUAAAAAAGUUAACAACAACGUUUCUUUGGGGUUGAGGAAUGUCUCCGCACCGAAACAGGCGAUCCCCGUGGCUGUUGCAAGGCAGCAGCACACCCGUCCAGAGACGUCCAGCGCCAAGUCCCUGAUGGACAUCGGAACCCGGCGGAUCUUCAACGAGGACCAUGACAUCUUCAGACAAAGUGUCCGGCGCUUCUAUCAAGAGGAAGUGAUUCCAUACCACUCAGAGUGGGAGAAGGCCGGUCAGGUGAGCAGGGAGGUGUGGGAGAAAGCUGGUGAGCAAGGCCUGCUGGGAGUUAUGAUUCCCAGGAGCACGGAGGGCAUCGGAGCAGACCUUGUUUUCUGCGCUGUCGUGUGGGAGGAGCAGAUGUACUCCAACUGCUCAGGCCCGGGUUUCGUACUGCACUCUGACAUUAUCAUGCCCUAACGUAUCGAACUAUGGGAGCAAGAACAAAUUGAACGCUUUUCCCCCGAGAUGACUGCUGGGAGAUGCAUCAGCGCUAUCGCCAUGACGGAGCCAGGAGCGGGCAGUGAUCUUCAAGGUGUGAAGACAUACGCUAAGAGGGAUGGCAGUGACUGGAUCCUCAAUGGCAACAAGGUGUUCAUCAGUAACGGUUGGAUGUGCGACCUGGUGGUGGUGGUUGCCGUGACGAACCGCGAGGCGAAGGUGGCGGCGCACGGCAUCAGUCUGUUCUUGGUGGAGAACGGCACCAAGGGCUUCCAGAAGGGACGCAAGCUGGAGAAGAUUGGUCUGAAGGCCCAGGACACAGCCGAACUGUUUUUUGAGGAUGUACGGCUCCCCGCGGACGCCCUCAUAGGGGAGGUCAACAAGGGUUUCUACUACCUGAUGAAUGAACUGCCCCAGGAGCGUUUGACCAUCGCUGGCAUGGCCAUCGCGAGCUGUGAGUUCAUGUUUGAGGAAACCAGGAACUAUGUCAUGCAGAGGAAGGCUUUCGGAAAGACUAUCGCUCACCUACAGACUGUGCAACACAAGCUUGCAGAGCUGAAAACUGAGAUCUGUGUGGGCCGAGCCUUCGUAGAUAACUGCCUUUUGCUGCACUCUGAGAAACGCCUCGACGCCGCCACAGCCUCCAUGGCCAAAUACUGGGCGUCUGACCUGCAGAACAAGGUGGCCACUCAGUGCCUGCAGCUCCACGGAGGCUGGGGCUACAUGUGGGAAUACCCCAUCGCCAAGGCGUUUGUCGACGCUCGUAUUCAGCCCAUCUACGGAGGCACCAAUGAGAUCAUGAAAGAGCUCAUUGCCCGCUCCAUUGUUAACCAGAAGUAGUUGAUUGCGUUAGUAGAUGCUGACUUAAAGGUGGGGUAGGUCAUUUUGGAGAAACCAGCUCGAGUGCGCUAGAAUUUGAAAAUACACAACCGUAAAAAAUCUGCCACUUCCUUACAGAGCCGCUCCUCCAACACACACGAAUGCGCACAUGACCAAUGAGGGCACGAGAUAAGUUUGUGCACAGAUGGAAGGCUGACAGGCAGGUAGGCCGUCCAGUUAUUUUAGCCGGGCCGGCUCAGAUGAUUCGUCGUGCUUUUUACAGUACUACGGCUUACACAGAUGACGUUUUUUUAUGGAUUUUUUGUCAAAGCACUUAAGAUAUUUAUUGCUAUCGGGAUGUUAAGAGCAUUCCAUGGAAUAUAACAAAAAGUGUAUCUUGAGCCGGUUUCUCAAACUUACCUACCCCACCUUUAAAUAUGAAAAGGUAUGUAAGGAAUUCAAACACCACAGGUAAUCAAAAAGCUAGACUGUGACGUAAAAAUGUAAUACAUUAAAGUCAAAUAAAUUGACUUAAUAAGCACUUGCAUUUAUCAGAAGAUAGCAGCAUCCCCUUUUUCUUCACAUAAAUAAUACAUACAAUUAACAAUGUUACUGUAGCGUACUUCCCUGGUCAAACGGAUCAUAACAACAAAUAAAUAAGCCUUUCUACCUCUCACAAAUAAAACACUUAUUCAAAUAAACUUUAAUAACCUAAAUUACUGAGAAAAUUCAGAUAUUGAAAUAAUUAGCUUUGUAUGGAUACGAAAAGGUUAUAAUUAACGUAAUCCAACAUUUGGCAGUACCUCCGUUACUUUAUUUAAGGCAAAGUAAGGAAAAGCUUCUCAGAAUUGUUUGCAUUGUUCCAUUUGUUGUGUGUUUUUAUAAUAAGAAAAUCUGUAAAACACCUAGUUUGUAAUACUGCACAUAUAUACAUAUUAAAAUAUGUUCAUCUUAACUUGAAAUUAUUUAAAUAAACGUUGCCACUUGUGUGUUAA